CUCGCCAACAUGGUCGCAGGCACCGCCUCGGACCCGGUCGUCGAGGCCAUCAUUGCCAACGACAAGACGCCAUGGUACAAGAAGCCCAACUUGCGGUACCUGUAUCUCUUCCUCGUGCCUUGCUGCAUGGGCAUCGAGUCCACCUCGGGCUUUGACUCUUCGCUCAUGAACGGCCUGCAGUCCCUGAGCUACUGGACAAACUACUUUGGCAAGCCGGCUGGAGCCACGCUCGGCAUCCUCAAUGCCUCGUACAACCUCGGUGCCAUCACCUCGCUGCCCUUUGUCACCUACGUCUCCGACCACGUCGGCCGGCGCGGGUCCAUUCUCUUUGGUUCAUGUGUCAUGAUCGUUGGCGCCAUCAUGCAGACGUUUUCUGUCAACAUGGGCAUGUGGAUCGUCUCUCGCAUGAUUCUCGGUCACGGCAUUGUCUACUGCAUCGUCGCCGGCUCUGCCCUGCUGGGAGAACUGGGCCACCCCAAGGAGCGCGCGUUCCUAGGCUCAUACUUCAACGCCUUCUAUUAUGUCGGCUCCGUGACCGCGGCAGGUAUUGUGCUCGAGACUUUGGCAAUUCAGAGCGAUUGGUCCUGGCGCCUGCCCAGCAUUCUCCAGGCGGUGCCCUCGCUCAUCCAGAUCGCCACGGUGUGGUUCAUCCCCGAGAGUCCCCGUUACCUCGUGUCGCGCGACAAGAGCGACGAGGCCCUCGCCAUCCUCGUCAAGUACCACGCCGAGGGCGACGAGACCAACGAGCUCCCCCACAUCGAGCUCGCCCAGAUCAAGUCUGCGCUGUCCAUCGAGGACGCCUCUCGCAAGCGCGGCUGGGCGGAGCUGUUCCAGAGCCCUGGCAUGCGCCGCCGGUCCCUCAUCACCGCCAUGCUGGGUCUCUUCACGCAGUUCUCGGGCAACGGCCUCAUCACGUCCUACCUCGUCGUCAUCCUCCGGCAGAUUGGCUGGACCAACCCACGGAGCCAGAACCAGCUCAACGUCGGCAUCCAGGGCUGGUCGCUGCUCCUUGCCAUGACCAUCGCCAGUCUGGCCACCCGCUGGCCGCGCCGCCGCAUGUACCUCAUUUGUGCAUGCUCCCUCAUCUGCGUGUAUACGGCUUGGUGUGUCGCCCAGUCCCAAGCUGACUAUUCGGUGGCUGCCGGCAAUGCUGUCAUCGCUUUCAUGUUUCUGUACUGGCCGGCGUACAUUAUCGGCUACAAUGCCCUCACCUACGUGUACCUCAUCGAGCUGUUCCCCUUCUACGUCCGUACCAAGGGCGUUUCGUGGUUCCAGCUCUUCGGUCGCUGCGCCGGCUUCUUCUCUACCUUCGUCAACCCGAUCGGCCUCGACAACAUCCGCUGGAGGUACCUCCUCGUGUACAUUGCCUGGCUGGCCUUUGAGAUUGUCUUCAUCUGGUUCAUGUUCCCCGAGACGUACAACCGCACCCUGGAGGAGCUCGCCUUCCUCUUUGAGAGCGAGGAGGAGAAGGCCCGCAUCGUCGAGGAGUCCAACAUUAUCAAGCAGACCCUCAAGAUCGACGACACCGAGAAGAAGGAUCCCGCCGUGCACAAUGAAAAUGUCUAAAAGGGUUCGUUGCUCUGCGACUAGCGGUUAUAAUGGCUCAGCUGUAAUCAGUGGACCAUACCAGCUGAGUCUAUGUAAGUGUUAGUUGGGAAUGCGCAUCCUCUAGAUAAGACAUGCCACUCUCGCGCUGCACGGGCUCGAGAGUUUAUUAGGGAAUCUUCGAAUCAGACCUAUUUUGGCCCCCGCUUCACGCUGACAGCCCAUGCUCGUGAUCAA